AUGAUGAACCAGACUGCUGUGACCAACUUUAUCAUCCUCGGUUUCUCAGCCUUCACAAAUAUCUCUCUUCCCAUUUUCUUCUUUCUCCUCAUCAUAUACUUGACCACUCUGGCCGGUAAUGGAGCAGUUGUCUACGUUGUGCGUUCAGAUCCUGCUCUGCAAUCUCCCAUGUACUUCUUCUUGUGUAACUUAUCCAUCUUGGAGAUAGUCUACUCAUCCGUCACCAUGCCAAAAAUUCUUAUCAAUCUCCUUUCGGAAAACAAGAAAAUCUCAUUUCUUGGCUGCGCCGUUCAAAUGUUCUUCUUCUUGUCAUUGGGAACCACUGAAUGUCUUCUUCUGGCCAUAAUGGCCUUUGACCGUUUCACCGCCAUUUGUAGACCUCUUAUAUAUCAUCUGGUCAUGAGCUCUAAGAACUGUUGUUGUCUUUCUGCUUUUUCGUGGUUGUCUGGGGCUUUACUUUCCAUGGGGCAGACCAUGUUUAUCUUCCACCUGCCCUACUGCGGGCCGAAUGUCAUUGACCACUUUUUCUGUGACAUACCCCCAGUCCUGAAGCUAGCAUGCUCAGAAACCUACCUGAAUGAGAUUGCCAUCUUUAGCGUAUGCGUGGCCAUCCUUUUGAUGCCCUUCCUUCUCAUCCUAGGUUCCUACACCCAAAUCAUCUCUACUCUACUAAAAAUGACCUCUGUGGACAAUCGCAGUAAAGCGUACUCCACUUGUGCAUCUCACAUGACUUCCGUCACUCUUUUCUAUGGCACAGCGUCUUUCAUGUACCUUCGGCCCCGAUCUCUGUAUUCUUUGGAGUCUGACCGUUUCUUGGCUCUCUUCUACAGUGUGGUGACCCCUAUGCUAAACCCUCUUAUCUACAGUUUAAGGAACCAAGAUGUAAAGGCUUCAUUUCUAAGGAUACUAAGACGAUUAAAAAAAUAAAAUCUUUUUACCAUCGGAUGUCAUUUCCAUCCUUAUUAUUUUUAG